CAUUUUCUUUUUCUCCUGAAACCUAAUCUGGCCGGCCUGGCUAGGCGUCUAUUUCCGGACUGUAAGCAGCUGACACUCGCUGGGUGGAAGUUGGCAUCCCUUCCCUUGCGGGUUCAGAGCUGCAAGAAGCACCAGGCUUGGCCACUUAAGCCCCAGCCUCGAUCUAGCCCACCCUCUCAAGGCCACAGUGCAGAAGGCUGCACCACCUGCCAAGUCUCUCCGGCUCCUUGCAGCUGCUGUCAGCAUGGCCCAGGCCCCUGCUGACCCGGGCAGAGAAGAUAACUGAGGCCCUGAGAGGUGAAAUGACACUCUCGGGGUAGCACAGCUGGCGAGCACUGGUGCUAGCGUUUGAAGACCCAUGUCACAGUCAUAUCGAGAACAAAGCCAUUUGCUUUGAUGAGGUACACGUAUGCCUUUGUUCCUUCUUGUUGCAUUCUUUCCUCAACUAACAUUUCAUUCAUUUUAUUCCUGGAAGAGUUGCGAUGAAAGCCAAUAGUGUAUCGAGCAAUUGCUGUUCUCUAGGGUCUCCACGAAGUGCUGUGGACUGUAGGUGAAGUGUGGUUUUGCAGUUUGGGGGAUGGGUUUGUUUUGUUUUUAAUCCUCACCGCAAUCUCUGAAGUAGUUAUUAUUGUCUACAUUUCACAGAAGGGGAACCUGAAGCCGGCGGAAGGUCACAGAGCUAGUAGUUGUCAGGGAUAGGAGCUCAAACCCAGGAAAUCAGCCAUCAAAAUUUUGAAAAACCAACCCAGACUGUGCCCCCGGAGGGCUAAUGUCAGGGUGUGGCCAGGAGCCGCGCUGACCACCGAGUUCCUGCGGUGCUUCCUCUUCGGGGACUCACAGUGGCAUCAUGGAAGGAUGGUGAGCUGAGAAGAGGCGAUUCCCAGGAAGGAUGGCAAUGGGCAUCAGGUACACCCAGGCAGGACUUGCCUUUGUGCUCCCAGGUCCCCCUGCCUCGCUCUGGCUCCGUCCUUCUGCCCUCUACUCCCCUCUGCCCUGAGGACACCUGAGAGCUGAGGAACCCCACUGCCCCCUGGCACCCACACCUGGGGAGGGCACAGGCGAGGCGGCACCUCUUCUGGCUGCCAGGCCAUUUCUGAUCAGCCUGCAUGCCUCUCUCUGGGCAGAGGCAGCUGCUCUGCUGCUCUUAGGGGACAUCUGCUGGGGUCUUUGUCCUCUCCUCUGCCCUGAACACCUCUCAAAAAGUGGCCUCACGUGCCUCCUGGAGCCUCAAGCCUGGGCUCAUCUGUGGGGACCCGGGAGACUCAGUUCCUAUCUCUGUCCCCCGCUCACUCCCCCAGGCCACCUUGAACAGAGGAUCCUGCAGGUGCUGACAGAGGCUGGCUCCUCAGUGAAGCUUGCCCAGCUGGUGAAGGAAUGCCAAGCGCCCAAGAGGGAGCUCAACCAAGUCCUCUACCGGAUGCUAAAGGAGCUGAAAGUCUGCCUCACAGCCCCUGCCACCUGGUGCUUGGGCGAGACUGGUCCUGGAGGCGAGAGUCCUGCAGAGCUGGCCCUGUCCAGCCCUGCCGAGAGGCCCCAGCAAUAUGCAGCUACAAUUCCAGAGACCCCUAACCCUCAGUUCAGCCAACAACGGGAGGAAGACAUCUACAGGUUUCUCAAAGACAAUGGUCCCCAGAGGGCCCUGGUCAUCGCCCAGGCACUGGGAAUGAGGACAGCAAAAGAUGUGAACCGAGACUUGUACAGGAUGAAGAGCAGGCACCUUCUGGACGUGGAUGAGCAGUCCAAAGUGUGGACGAUUUACCGCCCAGAAGAUUCUGGAAGAAGAGCAGAGUCGGCCUCAAUUAUUUACCAGCACAAUCCAAUCAACAUGAUCUGCCAGAAUGGACCGAACGGCCAGAUUUCCAUUGCAAACUCCGAAGCCAUCCAGAUUGGACACGGGAACAUCAUUACAAGACAGACAGCCUCCGGGGAGGAUGGUUCUACUGGUCCCCGCCACCUCCCUUCAAUGGCACCAGGUCAUUCCUCAACUCAGGGGACUCUGAAUGAUCCCUGGGAGCCCCAGGACAUCCACAUGGAGCGGUCCAUGCUCAGAUGGGUGCAGCUGGGACACAGCAAUGAGAUGAGGCUUCACAGCGUCCCGUCCGAGGGCCCUGCCCACAUCCCCCCUGGCAGCCCUCCAGUCUCUGCCACUGCUGCCGGCCCAGAAGCGUUGUUUGAAGCAAGAAUGCCCAGUCCAAGAACUCACCCCAAGGGGGAUGCCGCCCAGAGAAUCCACAUGAAAUCAUGCUUUCUCGAGUAUGCCACCAUCGGCAACAGCAACAAAAUGUCUAUCAGCCCAGGGGUGGCUGGACCAGGAGGAGUCGCAGGGUCUGGAGAUGGGAAGACAGGGGAGGACGCAGUUGCUGUCUUCACUGAAGUCUUGAACCCCUCAAAGUCAUUCACGAAAGCUGGAAUCAACUUCUUCCAGACUCCUGUGAAUGUUGUUAUUUUGACCUUCUCCCGUGAAUCACAAGUGUUCUUAAUGGCAUUUAGAGUGAUGAUUUUUUUCCAGACAAUUUUCAACUUACUUUGCCCAGAUCCAUCUGAGGAAUCACUCUAUAUUGCACUUACGCCUUUAUAAAAUGUAUUUAUUGAAGAAUAAGAAAUGAAUGUUGAAGUUAUUCCUUAAUCCGUGGGCUGCAGAAUGGAUGCUGUGCUAGCAGGCAUGAAAACAACAUUAACUCUUUUUUACAUCUCCAUCAGAGCCCUUGGAUGAACAGGUGCAUUGUCAACGAGCAGAAAAAAAAAAAAAAACUUUUUUUUUUUUUUGGCCCUCAGCCCAGGAUCCUGAACACCCAGCUCCUGUGGUAUGGACAAUGAGCAGUAAAAUGUUCAAAGGAACAUUUUUUUCUGAGCAGUAAGUCUCAAUGCUAGGCUUAAAAUAUUCAGUAACCCAUGCUAUAAACAGAGGUGCUGUCAUCUACCUUUGUUGCUUCAUUCAUAGAACACAGGCAGAGUUGAUUGAGCGUCGUUCUUAAGGGCCCUAGAAUUUCCAAAAUGGUCAUUGAGGAGAGGCUUGAGCUGAAAGUCACCAGCCACAUUAGUCCCCAACAAGAAAGCCUGCCCCCUUUGAAGCUUUGAAGCCAGGCAUUGACAUCUCCUCUCGAGCUAUGAAAGUUCUAGAU